CGCCACACUUCGUCGACUAUAGACUUCUCUGGCCUGGCUGUAUAUGUCAGUUGCCGCUGUGUUUUUGUGUAGCUUACUAAAAAGCUCAUAUCAUAUCCGAUGAGACAACCGUUGAAGUAGCACUUUUGCCGUGUAUACAGGCACCUAAAUAAUUUUAAAACGGUGUACAGACUGACACAGUCUCAAACCGUGUGGUCGGGGUGUUAACUCGGCUUUGUGGGGUGUUCCUGUGUUGAUCUGAGGCCUUGUCGCAAAGUCUCAUAAAACCAGCCGGGAUUUCAUGUUGAAGUCGUCUGGUUUGGGGUUAGAAUUUAGCGUUUUCCAGUCGGAAGAUGGAAACUGACAAAUUUAACUAUGUCUACAGCUGUGAUUUGGACAUUAACGUUCAACUUAAGAUAGGCAGUUUGGAAGGAAAGCGAGAGCAGAAAAGCUACAGAUCACUGCUGGAUGACCCGAUGCUGCGGUUCUCCGGCCUCUACCAGGAGAACUGCUCAGACCUCUAUGUCACCUGUCAGGUGUUUGCUGAAGGAAAACCUCUCGCCCUUCCUGUUCGCACGUCAUACAAAGCAUUCAGCACACGUUGGAACUGGAAUGAGUGGCUACGGCUGCCAGUCAAGUAUCCAGACCUUCCUCAGAGUGCUCAGGUUGCUCUCACAGUGUGGGACAUCUACGGGCCUGGCAGAGCCGUUCCUGUCGGAGGAACCACUGUCACGUUGUUUGGCAAAUAUGGUAUGUUUCGGCAAGGGAUGCAUGACCUGAAGGUUUGGCCAGGUGUGGAGGGGGAUGGAGGAGAGCCCACCACCACACCAGGACGCACCAGCAGCAGCCUGACGGAGGACCAGAUGGGCAGACUUGCCAAGCUGACAAAGGCUCAUCGGCAAGGCCACAUGGUGAAGGUGGACUGGCUGGACAGGCUGACCUUCAGAGAGAUUGAGAUGAUUAAUGAGAGUGAGAAGCGCAGCUCUAACUUCAUGUAUCUCAUGGUGGAGUUUCCCCGGGUCAAAACAAAUGACAAGGAGUACAGUGUUGUCUACUAUGAGAAGGAUGGAGAUGAUUCAUCCCCCGUUCUUACCAGCUGCGACAUCGUCAAAGUCCCUGACCCACAGAUGGGGAUGGAGAACCUAGUUGAGAGCAAGCAUCACAAACUGGCUCGUAGUCUUCGCAGUGGCCCUUCAGACCACGACCUGAAGCCCAACGCUGCUACUCGUGAUCAGCUCAAUAUUAUUGUGAGCUACCCUCCAACCAAGCAGCUGAGCUCGGAAGAACAGGACCUGGUGUGGAAGUUCAGACACUACCUCACCACGCAGGAAAAGGCCCUGACAAAGUUCCUCAAGUGUGUGAACUGGGAUCUGCCCCAGGAGGCCAAGCAGGCUCUGGAGCUGCUGGGGAAGUGGAAGCCGAUGGAUGUGGAGGACUCCCUGGAGCUGCUAUCGUCCCAUUUCACCAACCCGACAGUGAGACGCUACGCUGUUGCACGAUUGCAACAGGCUGAUGAUGAGGACCUGCUGAUGUACCUUCUCCAACUGGUGCAGGCUCUCAAGUAUGAGAACUUCAGUGAUAUUCAGGGAGGCUUAGAGCCAGGCAGCAAGAGAGACAGCCAGGGACUUUCGGAUGACUCCACACUGGACAGUUGUCAAAUACUUUCUGGUGCAUCUGGAUCAUCAACUGUCCCACUGCAGAAAGGCAAGGAAGGAGCUGACAGUGAGAAUUUAGAGCAAGACCUGUGUACGUUUCUCAUCUCGCGUGCUUGCAAGAACUCUACACUUGCCAACUACUUGUACUGGUAUGUGAUUGUGGAGUGCGAGGAUCAGGACACACAACAGAGAGAUCCGAAAACCCACGAGAUGUACCUGAACGUCAUGAGGCGCUUCAGCCAGGCUUUACUUAAGGGUGAUAAAAGCGUGAGGGUGAUGCGGUCCCUCUUGGCAGCCCAGCAAACAUUUGUAGACAGACUGGUGCAACUGAUGAAAGCUGUCCAAAGGGAGAGUGGAAAUCGUAAGAAGAAGACAGAGAGACUGCAGGCUCUGUUGGCUGACAACGAAAAAGUGAACCUCUCAGAGAUCGAGCCAAUUCCUCUCCCUCUGGAGCCACAGAUCAGGAUCAGAGGCAUCGUCCCAGAGACAGCAACACUUUUUAAGAGUGCUCUGAUGCCAGCCAAGCUGAUUUUCAAAGCCGAAGAUGGAGCCAUGUACCCAGUUAUCUUCAAACAUGGAGACGACCUGAGACAAGAUCAGCUCAUCUUGCAGAUCAUCUCGCUCAUGGACAAAUUGCUAAGGAAAGAAAACUUGGACCUGAAGUUGACCCCAUACAAAGUUUUGGCCACCAGCACCAAACACGGUUUUAUGCAGUUUGUCCAGUCUGUUCCUGUUGCUGAAGUUUUGGCCACUGAAGGCAACAUCCAGAGCUUCUUCAGGAAGCAUGCACCGAGUGAAAAAGGACCCUACGGCAUCAGCUCGGAGGUGAUGGACACCUACGUCAAGAGUUGUGCUGGUUACUGUGUCAUUACAUACAUCCUGGGAGUUGGAGACAGACAUCUGGAUAACUUGCUAUUAACAAAAACAGGGAAGCUUUUUCACAUAGACUUUGGUUACAUCCUGGGUCGAGACCCCAAACCGCUGCCUCCUCCCAUGAAGCUGAGUAAAGAAAUGGUGGAGGGGAUGGGAGGCACGCAAAGCGAGCAGUACCAGGAGUUUAGGAAGCAGUGCUACACCGCCUUCCUUCAUCUGCGAAGAUACUCCAACCUGAUCCUGAAUCUGUUCUCUCUCAUGGUGGAUGCUAAUAUUCCUGACAUUGCUCUGGAGCCAGACAAAACCGUUAAGAAAGUGCAGGAUAAGUUCAGAUUGGACCUGUCGGAUGAGGAGGCGGUUCACUACAUGCAGAGUCUGAUUGACGAGAGUGUGGGCGCCUUGUUUGCUGCUGUGGUUGAGCAGAUACACAAAUUUGCUCAGUAUUGGCGCAGAUGAACAAAAUGGACGGCUGACACGAGGCUGAACUGGAUCAAACUUCUGCAGCACAAACACAUGAUCGUACGGCUCCGGGCCGUCUGACUGUGUGAGAAGAUGAAAGAAACCCAGUGAUACUGAUGAAAAGGCCAAGAAUGCACUGCCAACCUUUACUGCAAGAUGGCAAAACAAAGACGUGCGCUUCUUUGUUUGCUGAUGUAUAUAUCAUGUAAAUUAAUUACUGAGUGAAUGAAUUGUGAGGCCAAAUAAAAGACUUGUUACAACUGAA